UUACUAGCAAACACUGGCCCAGUUAAUAGUGAAAAAAGACAGUAUGUACUUGUGCUCAGAUCAAAAUCGAGCCGACACUGAAUGUACUGAAACUGAGCUCAGGUUCUGUUCUAAUCCUCACCACUACGCAAAGUUUUAAACCAUUGAGAUCGAGAUGAAGGAGGACGAUGUCUUGCCGGCGGCGACGGCGAAUCAGAAGAAGGAUAGCUCCGAUUCGGUCUUGUUCGGAAGAGGACGUUACAAGUUCUUUGCCUUUGCUGCUCUCAUGCUUCUUGCUUUUUGGUCGAUGUUCACCGGUACAGUCACUCUCCGGUUAUCUACCGAAGAUCUAAACCGGUUAUCUGAAGAUAUCGGGAUCCCAACAAACCAUGAGAGCCUCGACGUUCUGGAAAUGGAGGAGAGGGAGAAAGUGGUGAAGCAUAUGUGGGAUGUGUACACUAACAGUCGUCGGAUCAAGUUGCCUCAGUUUUGGCAACAGGCGUUUGUUGCUGCUUAUGAGGAGCUUACCAGCGAUGUUCCCGGGGUUAGAGAUGCUGCUAUUGGUGAAAUCGCCAAGAUGUCGGUGGCUCGGUCUAUUUCUCUUGAUCCAACUACUCCUUCCCGAUCAAUGAGCGCAAGGGUAUUGGGAAGAAGCUUGAAAAAGAUUCUACACAAGCCAGCAGCAAGUAGCUGAAUGCUGAUGUAUUGGUAACACACAUUUACUACAUAUAAACCUAAGCUCAUUCCUACUUGCUGAAGCCAAAAGAAGAACUAUCAAUUUGGUGAGAUAAAAAAUUCUUGUCUCGAAAUCAAUCACUCCUUUUGGAUUCUACCAAUUGGUAGCUAGUACUUUCAUAUAUAUAUAUACAUGUAUAACAUGAGUCUUUAUGAUUUAUACUUCAUCUGAGAUGUUCAAUA